AGUCCCAGCAAUUUUGGCUCAAGCGUCCUUGGCGCGGCUGAGUUGGGCACCCUGCGUUUUUUAAUUUUGGUGUGCUACCAAUGUCGUUCGCGCCCCCGGAGCGAAAGGACCCGCUGCAGUUCUUCUUGAACGGCGAGCUGGUGAAGGUCCAUGAACCCGAUCCCCGACAGAUGCUCAUCGAGUUCCUGCGCGACUCCAAGGCUGAAAACUCAGCCGAGUUGCCUGCAGGGCGGCUGUGGAGCUUGUGUUGUGGCCAUUCAGGAGUACGACCUGGCCAACAAGCGCUGGGUGUAUCGCUCCGUGAACAGCUGUUUAAAGCCGCUGGUGGCCUGCCAUGGGCUCUCGGUGACGACGGUCGAGGGCGUCGGCUCAGAGCGAAGAUGUUUGCAUCAGGUGCAGAAGCGCAUCGCUGAGAACCAUGGCAUGCAGUGUGGUUUUUGCACUCCUGGCAUGGUGAUGAAUACCUAUGCGCUCUUGAAAUCUGGUGGAAAGCCCACAGCUGAAGAAUCCAUGAAGAACUAUGACGGGAACAUUUGCCGCUGUACCGGCUACCGAAACCUCGUCCAGGCGUCCGAGUCGUUCUGCUCCGAUGCCUCACCUGAAGCGCAGCAGCUGGCGGAAAAGUGCGGCGCGCACGACGCCGAUUUGUGCGACAAGCUCAGUGGGCCGGAGCAUGCCAAGAUGGAUGUGCCACGCCAAUCAGUCUCCUUCUUCAAAGAAGGCUUUGCCUGGUAUGCUCCCAUGUCCUUGGAGGAAGCCCUGGAAAUCAAGAAGUCCAAGCCCCGCGCCAUGUACAUCUUGGGCGACACAGCGAAGGGCAUUCGCCAGGCAGCCUAUGAGGUGGCCAACGGUCGAGCCAAUGAUGUGAUUUCCCUGAGGAAUGUCACUGAGCUCAACGUCUUGGAGAAGACUGGCACAGGUCUGACCUUCGGAGGCGCGUUGACGAUCCAGCACUUGGUGGAGGCGUUGGAGCAAUACCAAGAAGUUCAUACACAGCUUCAGUGGCCCAAGGCCCUGGCCGAUGGAUUGAAGAACGUCGCCCAGCAUCACAUUCGAUCAGAAGCAGGUUGGGCCGGCAACCUGUUGAUCACCAUCCAGCGUGGCUUCCCGUCGGACCUCUUCCCUUGCUUGUUGGCAGGCGAGGAGAGAUGUGGGACGAUGAUAGGAGCAGUACACGGUAGCUGGCAGAGGCUGAUGCGGAAAUCUCCUUCGUCACCAGCAACGCUCGGGAUGAGAAGCGCUUGGCAUUGAUGGACUUGAAACCUGGAGC